AUGCGUCUGUCGGUUGCUUUGCUGGGGGCCGCCGUGCCGCGGCUCGUGACGGCCCUGUGCGAGUGCGGAUACUCGGCCAAGGGCCCCGACUCGAACGACGCCCCGUGGCUCUUCACCGACGCUCUCGAGAGCGACUUCACCAACAUUGCCGACAUCGCCACGUACAAGGAGUGGACGCGCCAAAAGUUCGACGUGACCCCGGAGGCGGGCCGGGGCAAAUACGCCAAGUCGUUUGCGGUGGAAAACGUGGUGUCGCGGCCCAAGGCGGGAGGCGGGCUCGACCUGGCCGUCGGCAGCGCGCUCAAGGACGACGCGGUGCCCGCGGCCGAGAUCGACUCUGCGAACCACGACAUGCACUGGGGCUCGUACCGGGCGGGCAUGAAGCUGACGGCGGUCAACGGCACAUGCGGGGCCUUCUUCUGGUACUUCAACGACACGCAGGAGAUCGACAUGGAGUUUCUCUCGCGCGAGUUCGACCCGGUCAACAAGGUGUACCCGGUCAACCUCGUGAUCCAGUCGCCGGCGUCGAAGCUGGCGGGCUACGACGCCAGCAAGACGGGCCUGUUCAAGACGGUCAACCUCACGUUCGACCCGACGGCCGACUUCCACGAGUACCGCUUCGACUACCUGCCCGGGCGCGUCAUCUUCUACGCCGACAGCAAGCGCAUCGCGGAGAUGCAGGGCCCCGAGAUGCCGUCGGACGCCGGCCACCUCGUCCUGCAGCACUGGAGCAACGGCAACCCGCUGUGGUCGGGAGGCCCGCCGAUGCAGGACGCCAUCGUUACCGUCAGCUACGUCAAGGCGUACUUCAACUCGACGGCCUCGCUGGACCCGUGGACCAAGAAGUGCGCCGACAAGAAUGUGACAGUGUGUGCGAUACCCGACGGGACGGCGACCAACGCCAGCACGGGAGGGCCGUUUUUGACGGACAGCAAGGGCCGCGAGAGCGGAGGCCCUGGGAUGAGCGACGUGCAAGUAAUGGGGCUCGUGAUUGCGGUGGGCAGUGUGACGCUGCUUGCGCUGUUGUAG